AUGAAAGCGUUCUAGUUGCGUCGCGUCGUAGUGUAGAUGCAGGAUCAAACUGACAGAUCAGGAAGAAGAGAUUGCCGGAGUUUUCACAGUUCUCUAGAAGUCUAGAGUUUCGUUUUUAAAUAUUGGGUUUUAAAUUAAAUCUUAAGUUGAUAAAGCGAAAGGAUCCGACGCAAAGAUGUCUGUUGCCGGACUAAAGAAACAGUUUUAUAAAGCGAGUCAGAUGAUGAGUGAGAAGGUGGGAGGCGCAGAAGGAACCAAACUGGAUGAGGACUUUAAAGACCUUGAGAGGAAGGCUGACGUCACCAGCAAAGCCAUAUCAGAUGUGCUCUGCAAAACUACUGAAUACCUGCAGCCUAACCCAGUGUCACGAUCGAGGCUGACCAUGUUGAACACCAUGUCUAAAAUGCGCGGGCAGAUGAAUAGCCCAGGUUACCCGCAGGCAGAAGGACUUCUUGGAGAGUGUAUGCUCAAAUACGGCCGAGAAAUGGGAGAGGACACCAACUUUGGUGGUGCUUUAGUGGAGAUGGGAGAUGCCAUGAAGAGACUGGCAGAAGUGAAAGACUCUCUAGACAUUGACGUCAAACAAAACUUCAUUGACCCUUUCCAAGCUAUAGUCGACAAGGACCUGAAAGACAUACAGCAUCAUCUGAAGAAACUGGAGGGCCGUCGACUGGAUUACGACUACAAGAAGAAGCGUCAGGGGAAGAUUCCAGAUGAGGAGCUCAGGCUAGCAGAAGUGAAGUUCGAAGAGUCCAAAGAUGUAGCUGAAACCAGCAUGCAGAACCUUCUGGACACUGACGUGGAGCAGGUGACUCAGCUCGCAGCUUUGGUCGAAUCUCAGCUGCAGUUUCACAGACAGUCUAUGGAAAUCCUGGAGGAGCUGGCACAGAGAAUGAGAGAAAGAGUAAACGAGGCCCAAUCUCAGCCGCGCCAGAAACGGAUGCCUGCGUCCAGACCCAGCUUUGAUUGUUUAGAUCAGGAAGACUCAAACGGAGGCUGGAAUCCAUCUGCAGCGGCCCCCUCCUUUAACAGGACAUCUUCACGGCAAAAACGCAAUUCGACAGAUCAGCCCUGCUGCAAGGCUCUGUAUGACUUUGAACCGGAGAACGACGGAGAGCUUGGCUUCUACGAGGGUGACAUUAUCAAGCUGACCAAUCAGAUAGACGAGAACUGGUUCGAGGGAACCGUGCAUGGCCAUACCGGAUUGUUCCCCUGUACCUACGUAGAGGUGAUGGUGCCACUGCGGCACUGAUCCCACACAAAACAGGAAGAGGAAGUGCAAUGGCAGGUACAGACAGGGAGAAAGGGAAAUUCUGUGACUUGUAUUUCACUUUGAGCACUUUGACCUCCUGAGAGAGAUGUUGGAUAAUAAACAGUAAGUGUCGGGGGCUAUUAUUUGUUACUUAGGUCUCAGGUCCAGUGUUUUAGUUCAUCUUAGGAAACACUAGCAUUCCCCAAAGUACAUUAAAUAUAAUUGAGAAGUAUGUCAGAAAAUCCGUUUUGGGAGUGUUCAUUGUAGAGGCAAAUUGAUUUUAUUUAGCUAUCAGUUUCCUAUAAUGAUGUUACUAAGAAGUGUCUUCUGUUGGUAAUCACUGACCUCUAGCGGCCGCAUUUGUGUAUAACAUGUCAAAAUGCUUCCUAGCCUUUGUCAAUAACUGCUCAGCUCUUUCUGAAUGGCGCAAAGCUCAAUGUGUUUGUGCAGUUGUUCAUUUGAAUCUCAUGACUGUUUAACUAACCCAUUCCCGUUAGCUUUAGUUGUGUUGGGUUUGUAUCUUUUCCCUUUAAGAUAUAUGCCCCCCCCCCCCAAAUAUGUAGGCCUAUUCUAUGAUAAUUUACUCACCCUUGCAUUCUAUUUAUUUUCUGAACUGCUUUUAGCUUUUGAACACAAAAUAAGAUAUUAUGAAGAAUGUUGGUUUACAGUAGCCAUUGAAUUCCAUAUUAUGGAAAAAUAAAUUAAAAUUAAAAAUAAAAAUACUAUGGAAGUCAAUGGCUACAGUCAGAUGUAGCCAUUAUUCACAAUAUUUUAUUUUGUGUUCAGCAGAAGAAAGAAACUCAUACAAGUUUUGAACUAUCUCUUUAAAUGCACUAAUGCUGUGCAUUAAUAAUGAGGUGAAGGGAGGUGAACAAAAAGGGAGGUCAACAGAUCAAUAAACUGUCUUUGCAUGAGCAUCAACCGGGAGCAUUAACUCAAAAAUGAAAAAUAUGUUUUAUUUUCUCAUCCUCAUGUUGUUCCAAACCCAAUCCAGUUUCAUCAUAUUGAAGAGUCAUAUUGUUUUGAAUGACAGGAGGGUGAGUAAAUGAAACUGUUUCUUUAAAUGAUCACUUCCUGCUUGCAAAUUGUUUUUAAAUGAUUAUGUAAAUGAGGGAAAUUCAGCUGUUUGAAGAACCAGAAGUACCAGUUUGUGUUUAUGUAAACAUUUUUAGUUUUCUUUUUCAGCAUGAUACCAUUAUUUGUUGUUUUUUUCUGGAAAAGAGAAUCCACUUUUGGACUGUAUGUGUUUCUGAGAAGUAUAGUGGGACUCACACAAUUAAAAACCUCAGCUUACAGAUAUUACAUUAUUACAGCUUACAUUAGAGCUCAGCGUGGAUGUUGAGCUCUUGAAAAGGGAAAUUAAGUGCUUAAAGCCCAGAUUGUUUGUCUUCUGGAUUAUUAUGGCUUUAAUCGGUUUCACUUCCUCAAAGAAGGAAAUCAGUAGUUCUUCUAUCACUGAUUCUGGCUCAGCUUCUAAUUCUCAGGGAAAGGUACGUCUACUGUAGUCCGACUGUACAUAGAAUGUCAUUAGGACUCAUUCAUAAUAUCUCAAAUGUUUAGAAUAAAAAACAAAACAAAAAAUACAUUCUUGCCUAAAGUGCUGACAUUUGAAAUUUGUUUCCUAAACUGUACCAAACAGAUGUUUACAUGGUUCUUAUACCUUUGUAUUAUGUGAAUUUUACUAGGCUUUUCAAUGCAUCUUGAUGAAAUCUUGAAAACUGGGAUCAGGCUGUAAUUUGUCCAGAGUUACUGUAGUAAAAGUAGAAAAUCAGGGCUGUCAGAAAGCAUAAUGCCCAGUGUUGUGCAUCAUAGUUGUCACUCUAGGGUCAAUAAGGAUGUACCACAGUAUAUUCAGAAAGAAUGAGAUUUCAGCAGCUAGAGAUCCUGCCAUCACCUCUUUCAAUGUGCCUUUUUUCUCGUUUACUUGCAUGAUUACAUUUGCAUUACUGAGCAGGUCAGAUUUCAUGUGAUUCAGUUGUGUAAUCCUGAAAGGAAGCAGUGUGACGAGCUUUUGUAAACGCUUGUGUCAUUGUGUUUCGGGUGAGGGGUGUUGGUUUAGGGCUUGCUCUUGUAACCCUAUUUUACCUUGCGCUGUUUCUUCUAAGCUGCUUCCUACUGUAUUACUGUACUCUUAACAUCAUGCCUGCCUUCUGAUGUUGCUUACACUACACUUAACAGUAAUAAUAUUUUAUUAUUAGAAUGUAUUAUAUGAAAUGGAAAACCUUGUCUGUGCCUCUUAUUGGCAAUUAUUAUAAGAAUCAAGUUUUUCAGAAAGAAUGCUUCUUUGAAUCAGUAUUUCCUGCAUAAUCCAUUUGUGAUUUAUUUUUUAUCAUAAGAAUGUGCAGGGUUAAGAGAAUAUUGUAUAUUUUCAUUUUAAAUAAAGUUGAAAACUA